AACACAGAAACGUUUCCAAGUUUGCAUACAAACAAUGGCACCAGCGAGAACUCUCAAUCAUCUUGCUCACAAAAAAACCCUCGAGUCCAGUUUCGUUCGUGAUGAAAGCGAGCGUCCAAAAGUGUCUUACAAUGACUUCAGCAAUGACAUUCCAAUCAUUUCUCUAGCCGGAAUCGAUGAUGUCGAUGGCAAAAGAACAGAGAUAUGCAACAAGAUUGUUGAAGCUUGUGAGAAUUGGGGUAUCUUCCAGGUUAUCGAUCAUGGCGUUGAUUCAAACCUCAUUUCUGAGAUGACCCGUUUUUCUAAAAUGUUCUUCGAUCUGUCACCGGAAGAGAAGCUUCAGUUUGACAUGUCCGGUGGUAAAAGGGGUGGCUUCAACGUCUCUAGUCAUCUCCAAGGAGAAGCAGUGAAAGAUUGGAGAGAGAUAAUGAUAUAUUUUUCAUAUCCAAUUAACCAAAGAGACUAUUCAAGGUGGCCAAACAAGCCAGAAGGAUGGAAAUCAGUUACAGAACAAUACAGUGAGAAGCUUAUGAGUUUAGCAUGCAAGCUAUUGGAAGUUUUAUCAGAAGCUAUGGGGUUAGAGAAAGAAGCUUUAACAAAAGCAUGUGUUGAUAUGGAUCAAAAGGUUGUUGUGAAUUAUUACCCAAAAUGUCCUCAACCUGAUCUUACUCUUGGGCUGAAAAGACACACUGACCCUGGUACCAUCACUCUGUUGCUUCAAGAUCAAGUUGGUGGUCUUCAAGCUACUAGAGAUGAUGGUAAGACGUGGAUCACUGUUAAGCCAGUUGAAGGUGCCUUUGUUGUCAAUAUUGGAGAUCACGGUCAUUAUCUGAGUAAUGGACGGUUCAAAAACGCGGAUCAUCAAGCAGUUGUGAAUUCAAACUAUAGUCGUUUAUCGGUAGCAACAUUCCAAAAUCCAGCACCAGAUGCAACUGUAUAUCCUUUGAAGAUUAGAGAAGGAGAGAAAUCUGUGAUGGAAGAACCAAUCACUUUUGCUGAAAUGUAUAGGAGGAAGAUGAGCAAGGAUCUUGAGAUGGCUAGGAUGAAGAAAAUGGGUAAAGAAGAAAAAGAAAUUAGGGAGCUACAGAAUGCAAAACUUGGGGCCAAAUCUCUGAAUGAGAUCAUUGCUUAGACUUAAUUUAGAUAA